CAAAUAUUAAGAUUAAUUUAAGAUGUGGAUACCUCAUACAAUACCAAAAACAACGUUUAAUUUAUUUUGUCCAGCAAACGAGGUAAUGUUAUUACCUAAUGAAAUUGGACGUGCAAUAAAAUCUGAUGAUUUCAGUUGGGCAAAUCAAAUGCCGAAGGCUUUAAAAUAUAUGUGUUUGGAUUCUAUUUCAGAAAAUUUUCAAAAAUUUCCAAAAGAUCUUUUUAAAAAAAUUAAUUUAAUGAACACAGUGUAUUUGUCUGAAAAGCUUCCUACGAGUUUAUCGUUAGUGCUAGUCAUACAUGUACCGGAUGGUGAAUAUUGGAAACGCCGAUGCAAUGAUUUUUGGCCGAACUUCAGUGAACUUCAUAAUAACAGCGUAGAAUCAUUUAAAGUCGCAUUCAUAAGUGAAUACGUAUCACAGACAAUCGAGAACUUAGUUCCAGGAUAUGUAGACAAACAGGAGCUGACCGAAAUAUUAUUAAUUUGUAAUCCUUAUAUAACGACUUUGAAUUGCAAAAAACUAUGCAUUCCAGGAUCGUUAUUGCAUGAAAUGGAUAUAGCAGAAAGUGGUGAACUUCCUGAAGAUCCAGUACAUGUUGAGUUAGAUUUUAUAUUGCAUCAUUUACCUAGGUUGCGGGAAGUGAAGCUAGUUUAUGGAAUGAAAUCUUGCAUUGAAGAGGAUUAUACGCCAGAUCAAUUUAAGUUUAAUAUUAAAGAUAUGGACACUCUCGGCCAAGGCCUUGUAACAUUGCCUUAUUUGUCGAGCUUAUCUAUUGUUAAAAGUGCUUUGGAUGUAAUAAAAUUCAAUAGGUUGUCGUUAUAUUUAUCAAACUGUCAUUUGUUAGAGCACUUAGAUUUUUCAUACUGUUUACUUGAAACAUUAGCAGCAAAAUCAAUAUCAAAUUUUAUAAAGUUUGCAAAAAUGUUGAAAUCUAUAAAUUUAUUUUGUAAUGAUAUUGGACCCGAAGGCGCUGAAGCUUUAGCAUAUGUCGCUUUAUGGAGAGGGCAAAAUUAUUUACCAAAUUUGGAUUUAAACUUAGGUAUGAAUAAAAUUUGUGACUUGGGUGCUCAAUAUUUAGCAUCUGCUAUAGCAUCAGGUGUACAACCUUUUAGUGCACUUCGAAUAAGUAAUUGCAUGAUAACACAAAAUGGAGGUUUAAAAAUCAUUGAAUCAAUUCAAUAUGACCAAGGUUUGAAAAUUUUACAGUUAGACAACAACUUUAUAGGACUAAAAGCCGGUGUAGAAUUACAUAAAAUACUUAUUCGAAAUACGAAUAUUGAAUAUUUAUCUACUUAUAACUGUGGGUUAACAAUUAAAUUACAAAAAUUUCUUGCUAAGGUAGCUUUUUAUAAUAAAUACAAGAAACGUUCAAUACUAGAUUAUACAAAUAUUGAAGAACUAAUUAAAACCGAAACUGAAUCUAAAGAAAGUGUCCAUCAAAUAAACCAAUUUGAAGAGGACACCAAAACUUAAUGAAUUUUAUUUGUUAAAUGAUAUUAUUUAAAACUUUUGUAAUGUAAAGAAAUUGAAAUUAAAUUAAUAAUCAGAACAGAAAUAUCAUUAAAAUAUCUACUUUUUUAUUGUAAAUAUUUUUAUUGCUUUCAGA